AUGGCAGAUGGGAACAGCACAGAGGUGACAGAGUUUGUACUGCUUGGGUUAGCACAGACCAGAGAGGUCCAGCUCUCCCUCUUCAUGUUCUUCUUUCUCUUCUAUGUCGUUAUUCUGCCUGGGAAUGUCCUCAUCAUCCUCACCAUUCAUUGGGACCACCACCUGGGCUCCCCCAUGUAUUUCUUUCUGGCCAAUCUGGCCUUUCUGGACCUCUGCUACUGCUUUGUCACCCCUCCAAAGAUGCUGGUCCAUUUCUUCUCGCACCACAAAGUCAUCUCCUACAAAGGUUGCAUAGCCCAGCUCUUCUUCCUCCACUUCCUAGGGGGGUCUGAGAUCAACCUCCUCAUGGGCAUGGCCUUUGACAGGUACUUGGCCAUUUGCAAGCCCCUGCACUACAGCACCAUGGUAAACAAGGGGUUCUGCUGGGCCCUGGUGGGAGCUUCAUGGGCAGGAGGCUUCAUUCACUCCAUCAUCCAAGUCAUUCUUAUUGUCCAUCUCCCCUUUUGUGGCCCUAAUGAGCUGGACAACUUCUUCUGUGAUAUCACCCAGUUGGUUAAGCUGGCCUGUACCAACACCUACCAGAUCGAGUUUGUGAUGUUUGUCAACAGUGGAGUCAUCACAUUGGUGUGCUUCCUACUUCUGCUGAUCUCCUAUGGGGCCCUGCUGGUCCGAUUGAGGGCAGGCUCGUCCCAUGGGAAGAGCAAAGCAGCUUCCACCUGUGUCACCCACAUCAUCAUUGUCUUUGUCAUGUUCGGCCCAGCCAUCUACAUCUACUGCCGGCCUUUCCGUAGCUUCCCCAUGGACAAGGUGGUGGCCGUCUUCCACACCGUGGUCUUUCCCCUCGUCAAUCCUACGAUCUACACAUUAAGGAACAGGGAGAUCCUCAGUGCCAUGAAGAGGAUGUUGGGUAGAUACGGGCUCUGGAGAAGGAAAUAG